GAAAAUGAUGUCACGAGUGGGCGGAGUUAGUAAACAGUGGCGCCAUCUGGAGCCCGUCCAGCACUUUAACAUCGCAACGCUUUUAACGUAUUCACGCUCGCCCUGGCAACAUGUUUCUUGACACAAUACAGCAUGAAUUCGCAUAAAUAACAGGCAGUCACUUUAUAUCAACCAUAUAAAGUAUAUACCGGUAUACCCUUGCGCUGCAAGGCAGCAUCGCCGCAAUGUAUUCAGUACUGAGUGGGCUCCACAAAUGGCGCCUGUAAUUGAGCACCGAACUGCAUCACGGGAUUGACUGUCCUAUCCUGCUUUAAUAUCGUCAUAGCAACGAGGCCGGCGCGACCCUUCCUUGGUUUGUUGUCAGGAGUCCCGAGUCGAGCGUCGAGGAACAGAUCUGAUUUUGGGUCCUCGAGCUCCGCGAUUUGCAUUACGACUGGCUUGUUUCUCAGUGCUGCAGCCCACAGGAGAAGCCUCUCUGAGCUGGAGGAAAGCAGGCUGACUUUGCGAGGCAGGAGCAGCAGUUCGUUUUCUGUUUGAUUCCUUCUACUCUGAAAAAAAAACAACCCAAAACAAAGCAUUGAGAGAGGAGAGGAGAGGAGGAGGAGGAGGAGGAGGAGGAGGAGGAGGAGGAGGAGGGGGUGUACCUCCCUCUUGAAUGUUUUAUAAGAGAGAGAGGUCGAAAAAAAUAACAGCAUUUUAUUUAAGAAUCUAUAACAUCAUCCCAUCUCCCCCCUAACCCCAAGACCUAAAGAAGAGAACAAACUACUGACUUUUUUUUAAAUAUAUAUUUCUCAAAUUUUAUAAUAAAGAAAAAAAUCUCAGGAGCAGAGAGACACUUUUUUUUUUUUUUUUAAACAUAUAUUGUUUAUUAACCCAAUUCUCAUUAAGACCAUGCUUUACUUGAAGAAGAACUUGACGGAGGGUCUGAUUCAAUUCGCCAUCCUGCUCAGCCUGAUCGGGGUGAGGGUCGACGUGGACACCUACCUGAGCUCCCAGCUUCCCCCGCUGCGCGAGAUCUUCCUGGGCCCCAGCUCCGCCUACACCCAGACCCAGUUCCACAACCUCCGCAACACGCUGGACGGCUAUGGCCUCCACCCCAAGAGCGUGGACCUAGACUACUACUUCACCGCCCGCCGACUGCUCAACGAGGUGCGCUCCCUGGACAGGCUGCAGGUUCCCAGCACGGAGCUCAGCGCCUGGCUGGCUUACCGGGACACAGAGGGCCCCGUGGUCUCCAGCCCGCAGUCCGGCAGCAGCAGCUCCGGCAUUGCCCUGGAGAAUGCCAGCGGCGGGCUGGAGGAGAUGGGCAACCUGGAGAGUUCGGCAGUGAGGGGCAACGGGACCCUCGACCAGGGCUACGGCCAGGAGCCUGAGGAGAACCUGGGGGCUGUGGCUCCAGAAGACAGCAGCGAACUCCACAACGAUGACGGCGACAGCAGCAGCAACAACCUGACUAAAGAGGAUAUCGAUCUGAUUGACAUCCUGUGGCGGCAGGACAUUGACCUGGGCGCGGGGCGAGAGGUGUUCGACUACAGCAGCCGCCAGAAAGAGAACAAGGUGGAGAAGAGACGCAGCGAGGAGGAGGAAGAGGAGGAUGAUCUGACGGGAGACAGCUGGAGGAACGGCCUGAACCAGGGGCAGGGGGAGGGGCCUGUGGACGGAGAGACUGGAGAGAGCAUCCCACAGCAGUUGCCCAGCCUUGUGGACCAAACCUCCCCGUCUCUACAAGAGUGCCUCAGGCUGCUAGAAGCCACCUUCCCUUUUGUAGAAGAGACUGAGUUCCCAGGCUCCGUGUAUCCAGAGUUGGAGGACCCCAGCGAAGAGGGACCCUCCACUUCCAGCUCCCAGGGACCCCUGCUCUCCCCCCUGCUGCCCCAGACUGACUCUCCCCUGGACCGGGAGCAGCAGUGGCAGGAUAUCAUGGCCAUCAUGGAUCUGCAGGACAUGGAAAUAAGUGAAGCUGCCGACCCUUCCUUCAACACCAGUAGCAGCAGCAGCGGAGUGGACACGGGGUCCCUGGCCGACUUCAGCUUCUCCACCCACACUCCCAUCAACCAGGACGUGAGCCUCCACCAGGCCUCCCUGCCCAGCUGCAGCCAGGACUUCCAGGGGGGCUUCUUCAGCCCCGAGCUCGGCUCCUGCCCCAUGGAGGCCGUGGGGACCGCCCCCCCCGCCACCCUGCUCCGCCUCUCCUCCAGCAACUCCAGCGACGUCGACUCCACCUUCGAGGCGACCAACCUGACAGAUGUGCUCCUGCCCCCGCGGCUCAACGGCUCCUCCAACGGCACGGGGCUGCCGGACCUGCUCACCGGGCUGCUGGAGGAGGCCCUGCUGGACGAGAUCAGCCUGCUGGACCUGGCCCUGGUGGAGGGGUUCAACCCAGCCCAGGCCUCUCGGCUGAGGGAAGAGUUUGAUUCCGACUCGGGGCUGUCGCUGGACUCCAGCCGGAGCCCCGCCUCCCCUAGUGGCUCAGAGACCUCUUCUUCUUCGUCGUCAUCGUCGUCGUCCUCUUCAUCGUCGUCCUCAUUCUCGGAAGAAGGGGCAGUGGGCUACAGCACGGACUCAGAGGCGGUGGAUUUUGAGGAGGGGGGAGCGGUAGGGGGUUGCUACCAGCCGGAGUUCAGCAAGUUCUGCCGCAUGAGCUACCAGGACCCCUCCCGGUUCAGCCACCUCCCCCAGCUGGAGCAUGUGGCCCACAACCACACCUACAACCUGGCCCCGUCCCACCCAGACCUGCCCCCCGCUCCGGGAAAGAAGGGAGCGGGCAGGGAGAAGCAGCAGCAGCAGCAGCAAGACUUGCUGGACAAGCAGCAGAGCCGAGACGAGAGGAGAGCCCGGGCCAUGAAGAUCCCCUUCUCCAACGAGAAGAUCGUCCACCUGCCCGUGGAGGAGUUCAACGAGCUGCUGUCGAAACACCGUCUCAGCGAGGCCCAGCUUGCCCUGGUCAGAGACAUCCGCCGCCGCGGCAAGAACAAGAUGGCAGCCCAGAACUGCCGCAAGAGGAAGCUGGACACCAUCCUGAACCUGGAGCAGGGCGUGGAGGCGCUGCGCAGGGACAAGGCGCGGCUGCUGCGAGAGAAGGUGGAGUUCGUCCGCUCCCUCAGGCAGAUGAAGCAGAAGAUGCAGAGCCUGCACCAGGAGGUGUUCUCCAGGCUGCGGGACGAGAGUGGGAGGCCUUACCCGGCCGGAGAGUUCUCCCUGCAGUACGGCAGCGACGGCAGCGUCCUGCUCGUGCCCAGGAGGCUCCGCGACGAGCAGCAGCCGUCCAGGAAGCCGGAGAAGAAACAGAAAGACAAGAAGAAGUGAGAGCGAGAUUGCUUUAAAAAAAAGAAAAAAAAAAAAAAAAAGUUUAAAUAUAUAUACACAUUACAGAACAGUAUGUACAUUAAAAAAAAAUGAUAAGAAUUAUUCUUUUUUUUUUUUUUAAGGUAAUGUGAUCUGAGAUUUCUUUGUGACUCUUCUUGUCCUGGGAAGAAGAAGAAAGGAAAGAGUAAACCAGAUACUUUUUUUUUUUUAAAGCACAAUAAGUUGGUUGCUGUAGGAUUUGUGAAAAAAAUAAAGUCGCGUCAAGAAUUUCUAAAUAAAAAGACUUGGAAGACGGACACAAAAAAAGGAAGGAACUUGCAGAAAAUGAAGUCUGUAUCGCAUCCGACGGCUGCAGGUCAGUUUGGAAGGAGAUGGAGGUUUUUUUUGAAGAAGGUGGAUAUAGAAAAAAGGACUGGUUCAAGUUAAGAGUCAUGCUCCAAACGUGGAGAAACAAUGCUCACCCAUUUUGGAUGCAUUAGGUUAAACACACACACACACACACACACGUAGAAACACACACAAAUCCAGUCCAGUUCAGAAAGAAAGAUAAUUCUGACUUGGAAUAUUGACGUUUUAAGGAAUCCCUUUGAAGGAGAAGCUUCGAGGGGGGGCAGGGUAUGUCAGAGCAGGUCCGGGCUGUGUUGGUGGAAAUGGGUGUGACUUUACAGUGGAGGUUUUGAGAAAGCACAAAAAAAAAAAGAAUUUUUUUUUUUUUUUAUUUACCAAAGUUGUCAUGCAGUUUCCAUCUUCUCAUUUUAUUUUUUUCCCCACCUUCGUCACCUAAUUUCGAUUUUAAAAAAAACCUUUUGAACAACUUUUAGUUUAAAAGUUCUUUUUUUAAAGAAUGAAAAAAUGAUGCGAUGGUGUAGAUUGAACUAAAGGCGGGUCUUUUGUCCUGCAUCGGGAAGGGAGGUGCAUUCGUUAGGGCAAGUGGAAUAGAGUUACCCACCUGGGGGACGGACGGACGGAUGACAACUUAGUUUUGGAAUAACCGAAACGUAAUCAAUACAGUUUCUGGAAUGUGGCCGAAGUGAGGAAUCCCUGUCUGGCGAAGGAGGGACUGUUGCUAAACCUGCUGUUGUAUAUUUGUGCAUAAUUUCAUAUAUACGCAGUACACAGGGCUUGGCUACAGUGCAUGCAGCACACACUGGCUGUUGGAGUGUAUGGUUAAAGCAGUUUGCAGAUCACUGCACAGGUCCCAUACACCAGAAGCUUGCAGCUUCAAGCUCAGCAACCGUGCAUGUAGUCCAGUGUGUGCAAUUAAUAAAUGUGUUGUUACUGAGGUCUCCCAACCCCAGUAUACCGGUGUACCAUUAGAUUGUAAAACAUUAAUCUGCAGUGUCCCUCUCCCCGGCUCAACUGGGCAGAUGUUCGUAAGAGGUGUUUUUGUUUUUUAUAACUUGCUGCAUGUGGGGACAGGGGGAACAUUAUCAUUAUUAUUAUUAUUAUCAUUAUUAUUAUUAUUAUUAUUAUUGGUUUGUCUUUUUUUGUUUGUUUUGUAUAGCUGGAAAAAAAUUGAUUAUUAUUAUUAUUAUUUUAUUUUUUUAUUUUUUUUGAGGCUGAUACCACUUAUUUAAAUAUUGGACAAAAUAAAAUUCAAAUGCAGGGAAACUUAACGAACCCCAGUUAUCCGAACACCUCUGUUAUCUGAAUACCACGGUUAUCCGAACAGCCCCUUGUCAACCUGCCCUGUGUUCUUCUGCCCUGUUUGCAAAGAAGAUAUGCAGACCAGCCCUCAAUCUUGUAUCUACAGAACAGCACAGUGCUGUAGGUUAUAUACUUACAGGCAAAAGGGUGAAUUGUAUCUGUUUAGGAGGUUUAUUGAUUGGAAUUGUACAAAAAUCUCAGUGUCAUAAUUUGAUUAUCAGAACAAUUGGUUUGGAGAAUAGAAGUUUUACUGUAUAGUUUUCCCCCGAAUUUACACCAUUGUUUGAAAUUAUUAUUAUUAUUGUUGUUAUUAUUAUUAUUAUUAUUAUACAAACAACAUCAACAAAAAUGCCUUAAGACAGCAGACUUAAAACCAAUAGACUUGGCUGUUUUUAGGUUGCAGAAAAAACAUUUUUUGAUUUUUGGACAUGGACAGUAUGAAAGCUGACCCCACGGUAGCUCUGUCUAGGAUUGCCUUUGCAGUAGGUUUGAAUCAUUCAGGUGAACUUUAAUUCACAUGUCAACUAAAUAACCAAGUUACUUGGAAUAAGAAGGUGCUUGCUGUGUACAAAAUAGGGGUCAUACACUUAGUGCGAUGAGUAAACCCAAAAUAUAGCACUUCAGGGUAGUUCACUAGUUUUACUUGUAUUUACAAAUGUGUUACACAUGUAUUUUAAAACAUGUAAGACCGCAUCUAAUUUUGUAGCAAUUUAAGCAGGAACCCCCCGCCAAAACUUACAACUAUCCAUGGACAAAUAACAUUAAAGACAGAUUUUAAUUUUUGUUCAGGAAAAAUUGUCGUUUUGAUUCAAUCAUAAAAAAAGAGAAUAUAGUAUUUUGGGUUGCAGUUAAUUUUUCACAAAAUGAAUUGGAUUAACACUGGAAUUAAAGACCAGUUUUUUUUUUGGUUUUUUCACUGUAACAAAUGUAUUUCAUUACAGUACUUGAAAAGUUAGACAAUUAUAUACAAGGUUUUUUUUUUUUGUUUGCUUUUAAAAAAAAAUAGAUACACUGGGAUAAAUAAAUAAAAUCAAAAGCACUUUUUAAAAUUACUUUUUUUAUGUUGCUUUUAAAGUAUACAUAUCGAAAUAUAUUAAAAAAAACACGCCCUCCCCGUUUUGUUAUGUAAAUAUUUGUAUGUUUUGUUUGUUUAAAAUGUACCGUUUUUAUUCCUUCUGUUUGUAUAGAUACCAUAGUGUGAUGUAAUAUUUUUUUUUGUUCCCUUUUUAGGUUUUUUAUUUUGGUUGUAUUUUUUUUUUUUUUUUGAAUGUUUGCUGGCAAUCUGGGAUUGUUGUUUUACUGAAAUAAUAAAAUAUGUUUUUAUUUUCAACA